GCCCGACCGACGGACCGGUCCACCCCGUCUCGCCCUCGCCCAAAUCCCCACCCCAAAGUCCCAAACCGAACCAGCGAAAGCUCCCCUGCCUGAGCCUGCCUGCUCCGCCCUCCGAUCGCAGGGAGGAAGAGGAGGGAGAUGAGCUACUACGGCCAGCAGCCCCCCGUCGGCGUCCCGCCGCAGCAAGGCUACCCGGGGAAGGACGGCUACCCGCCGCCGGGGUACCCGCCGGCAGGCUACCCCCCGCCGGCGCAGGGCUACCCGCCGCAGGGGUACCCGCAGCAGGGCUACCCGCCGCCGUACGCGCAGCCGCCGCCCCAGCAGCAGCAGAGCAGCGGGCCUUCCUUCAUGGAGGGAUGCUUGGCUGCUCUCUGCUGCUGCUGCCUCCUGGACGCCUGCUUCUGAGACGACCCUCGCCGACGGAUUCGAGGUGACUGCAAGUGAAAUGAAACUGCCUCAAGGAAGAAACGGCUUGAAAUGCUAGUGUCCUAGACUAUAGCUUUCUUGUCCUGCAUUAUCGUCUAUUUUUUUUCAUUCUCUUUUAUGAAACCCAGCAAUGAGACUUCUAGUACUAGUACUCUGUCGGUGUUGAUUGGAUGAUGGCUGGUGUGUAUUCUGUGGAUUGCCGAGUUUCUGGUGGAAUUCAACUUGGGAUUAUGGAGUGCGCAACUUGGUUUGUUCUAAGACAUUUUGCUUGGUUUCUUCGC